AUGACCGAAGUAUUGAAUCCCCAACAUCAGUUUCUUGUUAUCUCGCUUUUAGGCGACUCUCUUGCUGCUAUCAAGGCUCAACAGCCCAAGAAAAUCCUUAGCAUCAAUUCUGGACUUUAUUGUGGAAUCCAAAUGCUAGAGUCAAUAAAGCAUCUCCAUGAUUUAGGCUUUGUACACAGAGAUAUUAAGCCUUCUAACUACAUCCUGGGCAUUUCAAAAACCAGCUCUCAAAAUAUCGUCCAUAUAAUUGACUACGGAAAUGCCAGGAAGAUUGUUGGAGAUGAUGGGAAGCUAGAAAUCCCAAGAACUAAGGCUAGGACGAUUAAAUUUGCUUCCCGUGCAAUGCAUCGUGGAGUCGAAUCGGGCUUUAAGGACGACGUUGAGUGUUGGCUUUAUGCGUUGGCUGACAUCAUCCUUAGAGCAAAUGUUACUUGGAGGUACGAAACAAAUGUGGAAGUGGUUGCUGAAAUGAAGGAAGAGGUGUUCAAAAAUACUGAAACACUGUUUCCGGGACAAGAGUUUUCAGAACUGCGGCAAAUUAUGAGUUAUUUAGCCAGGAAGGAAUAUGUGGAUAAAAUGGAUUACGAAUGGCUCCGUCUUAUGGUCAAAAGAAUUGCAAAACGCAAGCGGUGCAGUCUAAAAGUCUAA